UCCAGGUACGAAAAAUGCUUUCUCUACAACUUGUGUCCGAAAUCCAAGCCGGAACCUCCCUUGUAACUCCAUUCCAACCAUGGUGGGAAAUACUUAUAGAUUACUCGCUUACUGGUAUACUGAUGGCAGUUCUAUUAGGACUGGCUGGUGUUACACUCACUGGUACAACUGAAAUUGUAUGCAUACCAAUCGUGAAUGGUAGUCUGUCGACUGAUCUAAGUAUUUCUUCAUAUGUGAAUUCAAGGUAAGAAAUUACAGUCGAUUUCACGUAAUUUUUGCCUGAAUGUUCCGAACUUCGUUCCAAAGUUCGUAAAUUCGGUGCGUAGUUCAAAAGUUCAUAUUGAAAUUCACAGGCCAUGCAGUUUGUAAACAAAGCCUCUAAUUUGUCCUUGAUUUUAAAGAAUGGUUUAAAGGACGAAGUUCGUAACAUUUAACCCCAACGACAAUAUUCCUGGCCAUAAAAACUCCCAAUUGCUGAAUUUAGUGAAUACCUAUACAUUUCAUCCUGAGUGGAAUAUGGACAAACGAGAAACUUUUUUUAUAGCACGAUUUGCUCACAGUUUAAAGGUUUAAAGGACGAAGUUCGUAACAUUUAACCCCGACGACAAUAUUCUGUCCGUAAAAACUCCCAAUUUCUGAAUUUAGUGAAAACCUACAUUUCAUCCUGAGUGAAAUAUGGACAAACGAGAAACUUUUUCAUAGCACGAUUUGCUCACAGUUUCUGUUCGAAACGUCAAGAUUUCAAUGUGCGAUGACUCUCAAAAGCAUCCGGCAUAAACAUUGGAACAAUACAUGGCGAAGCACCGACAAAAGCAUCCAAUUUUAUAACAAAAGCAGAAUGCAUGACAGUCGUUAACUCACAAAUUCAUUUUGUAACAAAGCAUAUUUCUAUGAAAUGAGUCAUCGCUUGAAAGAUAAUAGUAGUAAUCAACACUUAUGUUGUGUUAAGAGUUCGUUUUUGAUAAACAGAUUUGAAUAAACGAUCAACAGAAAUGUGAGGUUUCUUUCUGAAUUCAGUAAUUUAGGGGUUUUUGUCACCGGUAAUGUUGCUGUCUGCGACUUUGUCAGUGGGGAUUUUGUUGAUUUUUGUCAUGUUGUGGUUUUGUCAUGGGUUUGAUGUUGAGAUGCACGGUAUGCCUUCUUUCCUGAAAUUUAACGUGAUUAUGCAUUCUUGUCUUCAUUUUUAUGUAGAUGUUCCAGAACAUUUGGUGGGAGUUUUCUCCUCUAUUAUCCAUACCUUGCACUUGUGCUUUAUCUGGUGCUACUAUUUGGUCAUAUAAUAUCGGUGAAGCUCCCAUCCACAAGUUCAUUUCUUGAACUUAUGUUUCAACUUUUUGCCGACUUCAAAGCGCUUCGAAACUCAUCAGCGUACUUUGGAGGCCAAGCCGUGGUGACCAACCCUGAGGAACAGCGCAUGAGCAACGAGACGCAGAAAGGCGGGAAGCUUUACAAAGUUCUAAAAGUUGAAGUCAAAGAAGAAGUCAUCGGUCUGGUGGAACGACUUAUACAAACUUUGAAAUCAAAUCCCGGCUUCUUCGUGGUGUACGUGGCGAAAUCGGUUAUUCUUUUUGUCGGGAGUGGUUUAGUAAUUGCUGGAAAUGUUGUAGCACUUGUUAUCUAUGAUUGGGCAUUGGUGUUUGAUUGUGAGCUUAAAAUGUCCGUCGCAGCUUUGUACGAAACAACAACAUGUACAAUUCCCGCAGCCCCUUUCUUGUACGGUCUAAUGAUUGUAACUUCAAUUUUUUCGUCUUUCAUUCUGAUCUUAACCUGCCGAGCAAUUUUCUGGCUGAUUCAAACCAGAAAUUUUCAGUCAGUUUAUUUGCAAACGUGGAAACAGGGAAAACAGGGAAAACAUGUACUCAGUGAGCAACCAGGAUUUCGAGAUUUUACUUUCUGUUUAAUGUUAAUGAAGUGUAACGGGACGGACGGCGAGGCUGUAUAUAAGACCGUGAACUCCAGUCUGCAGAUAUACACUAGUCUUAAGAUCGAGCAACAUUUUGAGAAAGACCAACUCCUCGGUACGAGUGUAGCGUCUGAUGUUCAGUUCGAGCGGGAUAAUUAUAUUUGUGAUUUUAUGCUGCGAGAAAUGGGUAUGCAGAGCAAAGAGACGGGAGAGAGUCAUGAUUUGAUUAACACACUGAGCAGUCUCUAUGACUAUAUGGGGAUAAAUGGUGGUGACAAGGAAGGCGCCGAAAAGAGGUAG